AUGGUCAAAGAAGCUGAGCAAGGUGUUCAUGUUUCACUAACCAAAGGAGUUAAGAGAUUUGAGAAAAAAGGGAAAUUAAGCCCUAGAUACAUCGGACCAUUUAAGGUUCUAAAAUGCAUGGGCAUAGUUGCUUACCACUUGGCAUUACAGCCAAAUUUGUCUGAUGUAUAUCUAGUUUUCUAUGUAUCCAUGCUUAAGAAAUAUGUUCCUAAUCCUUUGCAUGUGAUUCAAUAUGAGGAAGUUCAGUUGCAAAACAGACUUACUUAUGAGCAGCAGCCUGUAACCACAUUAGAUCAGCAAGUGCUACGGCUUUGCUCUAAGGACAUUUCUAUGGUGAAAGUAUUGUGGCAAAGCCAUUCAGUCAAUGAAGAAACAUGGGAACUAAAAGAUGAGAUGCAGGCAAAAUAUCCUUAUCCUUUUAAAGUUUAA